AUGAACCAGUUAAUGAAUAAUGAACUAAGAAUUAAUAUUGAUAUUAUUAGAAAACAUUACCUGGAAAAUAUUCCUCAUGAUUCUAGAUUCUUUUCGUUAAUAGUAUCUCCUUUUAAAGUUAUCAAGUUUAAAAACGUUCUUGGUUCGGUAGCUUAUCAGAAUGAACUGAAGGAUGCUCUUGAAAAUUUAGAUUACAGUAGAAAGGAUAAUGAUUUAUAUAGUAUUUGGCAAACUAAUGAUUUAAAUAAUUGCAGCUCGGAUAUAGUAAAGAAAUUCAUUGAAAUACUUGCCAAGGAAAUCACUCCAUUUUUAAGCAACAUCUUCAAUGUUGAAUUAAAUGAUAGAAUAAGUAUUACUGCAUCUUUGUAUAAAAAUGGAGAUCAUUUAUUAUGUCAUGAUGACAAAUGUGAAGAUAGAUGUAUUGCAUUUGUUUAUUAUUUAACAGAGGCUCAUGGUUGUGGAGGAUCAUUUGAUAUGUUUGAUCAUGAUGAAUCAUACCAACCUACUGAGAUAAAACAUUCAUUACUGCCUGAAGUUGGUUCAUUGGUUUGCUUUGAAGUUGGGAACUUAACUUAUCAUCAGGUCUCUGAAAUAACCAGUGAAUCAUUUAAUAGGUUGAGUAUAAAUGGUUGGUUCCAUAGCAGCAGGCAGCCAUCUGUUGUGAAUUAUGUAGAGCCCUUACCUCGAUUGCGAAAACAAAUUUCAUUAGAGGGUCUGGUUUUAUUGGACAAAUAUAUUAACCUUUUAUAUUGCACACCAAGUACUCUCAUUGAAAUGAGGGAACAAUUUGAAGAGGAAAGCUUUAUUUUGUUAAAGAGGAUGUUUGUGGAACAGUUCUUCAAUUUGUGUUGCCAAGAGAUUAAAAAGAAAACGAUUAGCUGGAAAAGAAAAGGUCCAGCUAAUAGAAGAAACUAUGAAGUGGCCAAUUUAAAAUACUUACCUAAUUCACUCAGAACUCUCAUCAGGUUUUUAAUGUCAUCACUCUUCACUGCCUAUCUGAGAAAUUUGACUGGAUUAUCCUUAAAACCGUGUACAGGUGGUAAUUCUGGUAGUGAGUUUUCUCUAGAAUUGAUCAGAUGGACUCCUGGUUGUUAUACUAUGGCAACUGAUAAUGAUGCAUUUUUCAAGAAAUCAGGAUUAGACUUUUACUUAUAUUUUGGCACGAAAGCUGCACUUACCAAUCCUGAAAAUACGAGUGGAUAUGUUACUUACCUAGCUACAGAUGAUGAUGACUCAUUUGAUAAAGAGCUUGAAAUGCAACAUAUUUACCGCAGGAAUAAAUUUGAGGCUUACCCGAAAUCUUUUAAACAUUGAUGGGAUGGGGACUGAUAAGAUUCCAAAUAAACUAAUUAAUGAGCACCUACAUGGAACACGGGGGAGAGGUUGCCCAAAGCUUCGAUGGUUGGAUGGUGUUGAAGAUGAAUCAAGGACUCUGCUCGGAGUACGGAAUUGGAGAGCAGCUGCACUGAAUCGAUUAAACUGGCAGAAGCUGCUUGAGGAGACCAGGAGUCAGUAA